CGACAAUCAAAUCAGACAUCAGUUAGUAAGUAGAACCACUACUCGUAACAUUCGAAACUGUACCACAGGAGAUCCAAGAUGUUCAAGAUCAUCGCUCUGGUUGCCUGUUUGGCUGUCGUUGCCUCCGCCCAGUUCUACGAAGGAGAUCACGGUCAUCACCAUGAAGAUUACCAUUCGCACCCGAAAUAUAAGUUCGAAUAUGGCGUCAAGGAUGGACACACCCACGAUCACAAGAGCGCUUGGGAACACCGCGAUGGAGACCACGUGAAGGGACAGUACACUCUGGAUGAGGCUGAUGGCACCCAUCGCGUUGUGGAUUACAGCUCGGACCACAAGGGAGGAUUCCAGCCUCAUGUUCAGCGCAAGGGACACGCUCACCAUCCACAUCAUGGAGAGAGCUAUGCCAACAUCGAACAGCACUACUAAUCAAAUGGAACGAAGUCCAAAGAUGUGUUUGAAACAAAGACUUUCCCUUAACUAUCCUUACUUACUGUA